AUGACGAAAAGAGGAAUCGAGCCCAAACCCGCCAAGGUCAAAGCAAUUCUUGACAUGCACCCGCCCACGACCGUUCGGGAGGUGCAACAACUGACCGGGAGAUUGGCAGCCCUGAGCCGAUUUCUUUCAAAAUUGGCCGAGCGCGCUUUACCGUUCUUUAAGGUAUUGCGAAAGGUCAAUGGGUUCGUAUGGGAUGAUGAAUUCCGAGCGGCUUUUGAUGAGCUGAAAGAGUAUCUGAUGUCACCGAUCGUCUUGUCAAAGCCCGAGCUCGGGGAAGAGCUAGACGUCUAUUUAGCCGUUUCCGAUCGAGCUGUCAGUGCAGUGGUAUGCCGAACAGAUUCGGAGGGGGUGCAUCGACCGGUUUACUAUGUGAGCCACGCGCUCCAUGGUCCCGAGCUCUGUUACUCCCGGCUGGAAAAGAUAGUCUACGCCUUGUAUACAGCAGCGAAGAAGUUGGCCCGCUAUUUUCAAGGUCGAGCCAUUCACGUGUUAACCGAUCAGCCAAUCAGGGCAGUUCUCCGUACCGCUUCUUCUUCCAGACGUCUGGUCAAAUGGGCGUUGAUGUUAACGCAGUAUGCCAUUGAAUACCGACCGAGACCAGCCAUCAAGGGCCAAGCUUUAGCCGAUUUUUUGGUCGAGUGCACCGCUCGGGAGACACGACCUCCGGAGGUGGAAGAUCCCGAGGCGGCAUGGUGGUCGUUGGCUACCGAUGGGUCGAGUAGUAAGAAAGGAGCAGGCGGAGGAGUCGUGAUAACGAGCCCGGAGGGCUUCAAAGUGUACUAUGCCCUGAUGUAUCAAUUCAACCCGACCAAUAAUGAAGCCGAAUAUGAAGCGUUUGUCAAUGACUUGCAAUGCGCUUGGGAAUUGGGGGCUGAAUACAUCUGGGCGCAAACUGACUCAGCAUUGGUGGUCGGGAAAGUCUUGGGCGAUUAUGAGGUCAACGGAGAACGACUACAAGCUUAUCGGGAUCUGGCCAUGGAGAAGCUCAGCUUGUUCCGGGCGUCCACCGUCCCUCAUGUUCCCCGACUAGAUAAUGCCGAUGCAGACAUCUUAUCCAAGUUGGCACAGGAUGCCCCUGAACACAUAUCGAAGAUCGCUCGGAUUUUGAUGAUUCCGAGACACAGUAUUCACCGCUUGCCGGUCGCGCCUAUCCAACCGGCCGAAGAAACUUGGAUUUCUGAUCUAAUGGAGUAUCUUCAACAUGGUCGUUUACCGGAUGAUCCUCUACGUGCCCGAAAGGCGAAGUUAAGAGCACCGAGAUUUCAAGUCCAAGAUGACCGUUUAUAUAGGUGGUCGUAUGGAGGUCCGUUGAUGCGGUGUUUGACUUCCUUCGAAGCAGACCUAGUAAUAAAAGAAUUGCAUUCGGGAAUCUGCUCGUCGCACCAGGGGGGCCGAUCACUUGCCCGACGCAUCAUGGUGAUCGGGUACUAUUGGCGCUCUAUUCAGUUGGACUGUGAAAAGCUUGCCAGAGGGUGUGAGACGUGUCAACUAUAUGCCCGGAUGCCUGGUCGUCCGGCCACGUUUUACCAGCCGGUCACGACCGCGAUUCCUUUUGCUUGUUGGGGGGUAGACAUCUUGGGACCCUUUCCGCAGUUAUCCGGUCGAAGGCGCUUUGUCAUUGUGGCCAUUGACUAUUUCUCCAAGUGGAUCGAGGCCGAGCCUUUAGCCACGGUCACUUCUCAACAGUGCGCCAGAUUUUUAUGGCGGAAUGUUAUUUCCCAGUUCGGCGUGCCAGUUCAUCUUAUCAGUGACAACGGUCGGCAAUUUGUAAGCCAGUACUUUCAAAAUUUCUUGGCAACGAUCGGGACAACCUCAAUCCGAUCGUCGAUGGCUUACCUGCAAGGUAAUGGUCAAGUAGAGAAUGCCAACCGAACAAUCUUGGAGGGUUUGAAGAAAAAGUUGCACUCAGCCAGUCGUAGCUGGGCUGACGAGCUCCCAUACGUGCUUUAG